CGGCUGAUGAAAUCUUAUUUCGCGCGCGAAUUCAACGCAGCAGAAACAUGCAACGUCAAGUUUUUCCACUUGCCACCCACUCAAUAAGGGCGUGACGGAUCUAGCUCAUUGUUCCUGGGGAUUGUCCGCCCGAUUUGCGCCCGAUUGGAAUGGCUGUUCUGUUUUAUUUCACAGACCUAUCUUGCAUGGGAGAGGUGGACUUCAUACUCCCUUCCGCAUACCCAGAAUAACUUCCCUCGAAAUUUUGGGGACGCGAAAUGCUUCUUCUGGGUGGCGGAACCGUUUGAAAUGGCCAUCAGCCAGCGUUUCCAACUGUCACAUUGCGUAAGCUAAUAAGCCUAUGUAAAUGAAGCCACACAAUACUCCUAUCGACAGGCGCUCAAACUCGAAUGCUUUAAGGGCUGCAUCGAUUCAACUUUUUGGUAGCAACACUGCUUGGUUGUUAGAGGCUGAGAAUUUUUUGGUUUUUGCCUUGUUUUUUUUCCGUCCUAUUGGGCUGUGCCUCGUUCUGUCCCUAGCCGGAUACCUCGUCGCCAAUCUUGUGAACGGCGUUUAAUUUCCGCCGCCACGCUCGUUAAUUCUGGAGAGGACGUUCAGCUUCUUCAUGCAUCCUGAUGCGGAACCCCCGCGCGAGUAUCCCGUUUGGGUGUGCGUUCAGAGGCUCCUUAGCGCUGUCACGAUCAUCAGUUAGAUUUACUUCUACGCGCGAGUCAAGUUUUAGGGGCUUUCCACAGGUAGCAAUGCUCGGCGGGUGCGGAUUGUUGAUCAACACAACUUACGUUACCUGAUUCCACUCUCCCAUAUUCUUCAUUAAAAAGUCAGGAACGUGGCGUUGAUUCUUCGGAACGAUGUUUGAUGGCAUCACGAGCAUUUCAUACAGGAGAUUUUUGUUCUUGCCUCCUGGCGUAUCGACGGUUCCACCUGAGCCCUUUUAUGCAUGUGCACAACUCUGGUAGAAUAUCUCAUAAAGUUUCUGCAUUAUUCCCCUGCUGGUUGAAGAUGCGCUUUCUAACUCACGCAAUCUCAG